AUGCUGGGGGUGCUGCGACGCCUCGAGGCCAAGCGUGGGCGGGAUUGGGUCAUUAAGCAUUUGACGAUAUUCGCUGAUGACAUUCACGGGGGAUGGAAAUUCACAAAUGAAAAAGAGGCUGGCAAAGCUAUCGGUGAUAUUGGGGUCUUGCUUGCAACGUUGGAGGAAAUGAAAUUCCGCAUCAACUACAGCAAGUCGGCAGCGAUGAUGGCUGUUGCAGGAAACAGGAGUCUAAUCGACGUCAUCUACCAGCUCGUGACAUCACUCAGUAAGUCGACGCAUGUGUGCAAUGUGGUGCUGCAUGCUGCAGCUCUCGAGAUCUUUCACAAAUCCCAGCAGUCCAGCACAGCCGUUGAGGCGAAGCUUCGAGAUCAUCUGCGUCGCAAGCCACCCAAGUUCAGGAUCGGACCUCACUUGACACACCGACGGGACCUAGAGAUGACUGCGGCCAGUUUCUUCCAGGAUCCGAGCUUCCCAGACCAGUGGGUGGACGGCGAAGAUCAAGAUCAAUCGCACCUGGAGCUGAUAGAGACCAUGGCACCUUUCAUGGCGGGUCACUCGAUGGGCCCGAUGAACAUGGCAGACGGACUUCAUCCCCUCUUCCAGGCCCCCGCACCGAAUCGGCAGGGAAUGAUGAGGAACCAGUAUGGACAGAAACGACAGCGUGGAUCACAGGGUCAUGUGCAGCAGGUGAGGGGCCCCGGCUCCGGUCUCGGUCCCCAAGGCGUGUCGUACCCGGCUCUGCUAAGGAUGAUGGCCAUCCAACUGCAACGCCAGGAGGAGGCCUUGCGAGUCCUGGCGCAAAGCACCGCAAUGAUGUUCUUCAUGCAAGCAGGGCCUGGCUCUUUUCUGCCCAACCUUCUUCAGUUGAGUCAGACGUGGCAUCAGAAGCAGGCGGCGGGGCAGGUGGACAAGCCAUUGCGUCAACACAUGUCGGUGGCGUAUUGGACGGAGCUAGGAAACCGAGUCACGAAAGCCCAAGAGCAGCUGGGUCAGGAGCUGGGACAGGGGCUGAUGGCGAAGAAGAUCCUCACUGCGGAAGGGGCUUGGGCAUACAUGGCAUGGGACCAGGCAACAAAAAGUCUGAAGCCCACGACGCGGGAGCCCAUCAAGAUGGCGGACAUGCUCACGUUGUUGAAGGUCAUCGUCGAGCACCUCAACAUGCCUGGCAUGAUCACUCGCUUCAAAGCACACAAAGCACAAAAGGCGCUCAAAGCAGUGAACAUGAAGGAGGCGGCCUGUGUCGCCCCGUGGCAGCUGGACAUCUCUUUGCGCCACCCCCAGAGCUCGCGCUUGUGGGAGAGCCUCGUGACACUUCAGGGGAAUGGGGUGCUACAGCUUCUCAACACACAGAUGCGAGCAGCCACCCUUCGGAGGUCCAAGUUGUGCGAUCAGAUUGCCCAGCAGGUGUUCAAGAAGAAUGGCGGGGCUUUCUCAGGUUACCUCAAACAUCUUCCACCGGUCGAUUCCGUUAUGAAAGCCCAGUUCGUGUGCAUGCAAAUCGGGGACCGACUUCGAGCAGAACAACCGCAAUGGCCUGAGAUACUUGAUGCGGAUUUUCGUUUGACUCUGCCUCACCUUGUGGAUGACACUGGAGUUCCAUCGGCUGAUAACGUGGAGUGGCGAGCCUACCAGGCGAUGCUCUUCAGCUCAUCGGGCGUCUAUUUGUGUGAUGAUGGUCGGAGUGCCAAGCUGCUCAACGAUGACGAAGCCACUCAAGUCCCCCAGUCAUGGACAUGUGAGUCAGAUGACACGGCCACUGCGAUGACGGUGCCGAAGGUGUCUUCACUUGAGUUCGUGACUUUGAGCGUGGCUGAGUUCCUCUUUCUUAGGCUACUUUUAAGACGAGUGCGAGCUGCAUGUUGCAUGUUUUGUUGCGCGCGUCCAUUCGGGCCAACUUGA